CCGGUCGGCUGUCAUGUCGGAGGAGCUCUGUGAAUGAACUGCUGAGGCGUGCAGCUCCUCAGGAGAGGAAUAAAGUCCAGAACACCUGCAGAGGCCCGAGAAGCAGAUAUCCUCCAGGAGAUGGACUCAGUAUGGACCACCACUGUUCUCCUGGUGCCAUUGGUAGUCGUGCUGACAGCUGGAUUUUUCUACCUUUAUGGUGUGGUUAUCAGCCUGUUGUCCAAAACAUCUGUACGCAAUAAGGUGGUGGUUAUAACCGACGCUUUGUCUGGUCUUGGAAAAGAAUGUGCAGGUGUGUUUCACAAAGGAGGCGCGAGGCUGAUCCUCUGCGGGAAAAGCUGGGAGAAACUUGAGGAACUUGCGGAUGAUUUGGCAAACGCCUCGGACCCGACUGUUACGUUUCCCUCCAAGCUGGUGCUGCUGGAUUUUGGAGAUAUGGACAGCAUGCCUGAGGCGAUCGAAGAGAUCCUGGAGUGUUACGGCUGCCUGGAUAUUCUCAUCCUCAACAGCAGCAUGAAGGUUAAAGCACCCGCACAGAGCCUGUCUCUGGAGAUGGACAAGCUACUAAUGGACAACAACUACUUUGGACCGGCCACGCUGGCCAAAGGCUUGCUGCCCUCCAUGAUCUCCAGGAGAACCGGCCACCUGCUCCUCGUCAGCAGCAUCCAAGGGAAGAUAGCUGUGCCUUUUCGCAGUGCAUAUGCAGCCUCUAAACACGCAGUUCAGGCUUUUUUUGACUGCCUGAGAGCUGAAGUGGAGGAGUACGGCAUCUCCGUCAGCACCAUCAACCACACCUUCAUCAGUCACUCGGCGUCUGACAACACAGAGGCAGCGUCCUCCAGGUCCAUCUGGUCACUGCUGUACACUAGGAAACCCUUUGGCGUUUCUCCAGAUGAGGCAGCUGCUGAGAUCGUGAAGACUUUAAACAGCAAGAGGAAAGAGGUGGUGAUUGCUCCCUCGCUCCCCAAGGUGGCCAUCUACACCAGAUCCUUCUUCCCUAAUGUGUUCUUUUCUGUGAUGGCUGCAGGAGUGAACAACACUGCAGCAGCCUCUGAUAAAGUGUAGCGCUGCAGCCGUCGACGUAAUAACUGGAGGAUAUUUAUGACGUGGUGAAGGUGAAACAGAUCAGUGUAAAUGUUGCAGGCAAUCUAAAACUAAUACUGAUAAUCUGUUGUUUGGGUCGAUCAAUGUGAACCCACAGAUUGUAUUUAAACCAUUUGAGUGUUGAUCUUAAAUGUAUUGACAGGAAUAUGGUGUUAAAAUGUGUACAGAGCAUUUCGCCUACGAAGAACAUGCUGUUGUGUUAACAUCCAAAGGACAACUCAUAUGUAUAUUUAUGUUUAUUUUUCAUUGUUUAUCCAUCAGAAAGAAUCAUUUUUGUUUAUUUUACAGGUUAACAUACAUAAAAUUAUCCCCAGAUUGCACAAUUUACUUAAAAACAGUCAAUAAUGUCAAGAAAGGUUUGUUUCCGUUCUUGUAUUUGUGGAGUUGAUAACAUGUAGACUACAAAUAAAAGUAUCUAUGUCUAA